UUUCUAGAAGACUACACCAACGAAGAGCUUGAAUUACGGACAGGUCAUUGUGCAUGGACGAUUGAACUUAUUGAAAUCAUGGCAAAGGUCUAUGAUGUAAAAGAUUUACGUUUGCAAGCAUUUCAUGAUCAUAUGACAUCACUUACUGGUCAGUUCUCCAUAGUUGAGAAUGAAGAUAAAUCAAAGAGUGAUGGAAUUUUACAAACAAUUACCACAUCUGGUCAAAUUGGAUUUCGGGUCAUUCUUGAAAUGAAAAAUGAAAUAGGUAGAGGAAGAAGUGACCCAACAAUCCAGGCAGCUUUAUCAUAUGCAAAAUACUGGGCACAACCACAGCGUAAACAUGUUCGGGCAUCAUGUUGUUGUCCAUCUUUGCUUCUUGCUAUUGCUGGACCAUGGAGACAUUUGCACCGCAUUGCACGACUUUUUGAAGCUAUACGUCUUACAGCUCAAUACUUAGAUAAUUAUUACCAAACACUGAGUAUUGUCUAUAACAAUACUACUCAGCCACUAUAUCCAUAUCCACAUCAAUAUGUUACAGAAAGUAACACUGUGAUACACUUUACAUAUGAAGAUUAUUUAACAGAAGACUCUAAAAAAACCAUAUUUAAGGGAAAAACUACUGAUGGUUACCCCAUUGUCAUCAAGUUCAGUCAGAGAUACAAUACUUAUGCACAUAAUCUGUGUGCUCAGGAAGGACUUGCCCCAAGGCUUUUUUAUGUUAGCAAAGAAAAGUUUGGGGGAUGGUAUAUGAUAAUAAUGGAAUAUAUUGAAGGUGAGACACUUAAUACUCUACAGAUUGAUAAAACGGAAUAUGACAAUGUUUUGAAAAGUGUUAGCAAGGCUAUUCAUAUUCUACAUUGUAAGGAUAUUGUGUUUGGAGAUCUUCGCAAAUCAAAUAUAAUGGUAAUGAACAGUGAUAAAGGUUGCCAUGGGAUGCUAAUAGAUUUUGAUUGGGCUGGAGAACAUGGAAAGGAUCGCUAUACAUCUAAGAUGAACCCAGACAUAAGGUGGCCAACAGGAGUUGAAGGAAAUGCCAUAAUGGACAAAGCACAUGAUUUAUAUUGGUUGGAUAAGUUAGAGGAAAAUGAAUGA